AAACGGUGGAAACCAAGUUUGGCCUUUUGACGUUGAUCAGCCAGUAGUCACACGACGGGACACCAUGUCACAGCCACCGACGCUUGUGGUGAACACAACCAAGGACGAAGCAGCGACCGUAACCUCUGCCACACAUACAAAGUUCCUUGCCGCACUCUCUGCACACUACACAGUCAAGGAGAACACGCGUGGACUGAGUGAGGCGCUGCAAGGAUGUGGAGGAGUGCUGCUGGGUGGCCCACGUAAGAGGUUCUCCAAGACUGAGCUCGACGCCCUUCGCGCCGCUGUGGCCCGAGGUGCGACCGUGGUGGUGCUCCUUGGCGAAGGUGGUGAGAAGGCGGCUGGGACCAACAUCAACUACUUGCUGGAGGAGUUUGGCAUGCGAGUUAACCCUGAUGCCGUGGUGGCGACAGCAUAUUCGGGUGAGUGUCGCCAUCCCAAGGAGGUGUAUGUCGCUGACGGCGUGCUCAAUCGUGUUCUUCCGCGUGUGCCGUUUGUCUACCCGCGCGGCGCCUCGAUCAACGUCGAACCGCCGGCUGCUCCGCUCCUCGCCUCGGGCGAGGCUUCGUACCCGCUCAACCAGCCGAUUGCCGCUCGCGUCUCGGUCGGCUCGGCCGGUGGUCAGAUCCUGGCCAUCGCCUCGAUCGAUAUGAUUUCCGACUCGUGGCUUGCCCGCGUCCCAGCCAACGCCGAGGUUCUUGACGGCCUCGUCAAGGUUCUCGCCGGCGAACUUGCCCUCAACAAGGUGGAUGAGGAAAACCCAGACGUGAGUCCGCCGUAUCUGGUGCCCGACACCGAGGCGCUCGCUGUCCGCCUCCGCUCCUGUCUUGAGGACGCAGACCCGCUACCGGCCGCCUUUGAGGAGCUUUUUGAGCUAGAGCCCGUCGGCCUCGACCUCGACCUUCUUCCUGCUGUCUCGGACCUCUUUGUUGAGCUCUCCGUCAAGGACGAGCCGCUUACUCUCAUCCCGCCCGAGCUCGAAGUCCCGCUCCCGCCGCUCCAGCCCGCCCUCUUCCCGCCCGAGCUCCGCGGCGCUAAGCCGCCGGCUCUCGAGCUCUUUGACCUCGACGGUGCCUUUGCCACCGAGCGCGUCCGCCUUGCCCAGCUCACCAACAACUGCACUGCCGGUGACGAAAACGCUGACGAGCUCGAGUACUACGUUCGCGCCUGUGGUGACGUCCUCGGUAUGCCUGUCACUAACAAGGAUACCGGUGCCCCGCGCUCUGGCAAGCAGAUCCUCCAGGAAGUCCUCUUUAAGCUGGUCAAGUUUAAGAACAGGAUCUAAAUCACACCGCCCCCCC